AUGGAAGAGCCAAGUAGCAACCAAGGUGGAUAUAGCAUGGCCUCGCCCUUUCGGGGAGUCCGGAAGCAGAAAUGGGUGUCUGAGAUUCAUGAGCCAGGGAAGAAAACUCGAAUUUGGUUAGGAAAUUUUGAGACGGCAGAAAUGGCGGCCGCGGCGUACGACGUGGCAGCAUUGCAUCUUAGAGGUCCCAUAGCGCGACUGAAUUUUCCCCAACUUAGGGACAGUCUUCCUCGACCUACAAGCUCGAGAGCUGAGGAUAUACGUCUGGCGGCCCAAGAGGCCGCUUCGUGUCUCAAGAAGCCCACAGGAGAGCCCAAGACAGGUAGCUCCAGCUCUAAUCCGGGUCCAGUAAGAAUAGAACUCUCUCCGAGUCAAAUUCAAGCCAUUAAUGACUCACCUCUCGACUCACCCAAAAUAUGGAUGAAGUUGACUAAUGCCCUUGUGGUAGAAGAACAUAUCAUAUUUUCUAAUGAUAUUGAGAUGAGUGAUAGAGAAGAAAUACCUGAUGAUUCCCUAUGA